AUGGGGCCCCCGGGCAAUAGGGGAUCGUGGGGCCCCCAUGUUCUUGCCCACACCCAAAAAAGCCUAUAAAAAGUGAUCGCCCUGACAUGCCUUCCAAGAGCCACUCAUCCACACCAACGCCAGUGAAGAAGCAGAACGGCCCAGUGACCUUGUGUGCCGAUGCCAUCUUGGCACACAAACUACAUGGGGCCCCGGGCAAUAGGGGAUCAUGGGGCCCUUGUGUCCUUGCCCAAACUCAAAAAAGCCUAUGAAAAAGGUACCAGGGGCAUCUCAUGGGGCCCCCUACUGACCCCGGGCCCUCGGGCAGUGCCCAAGUUUCCAAAAGGCCAGUCCGCCCCU